AUGACGCAGUUGGAGGAUGAUGUUCUGCUGAACAAUUUACUCAAGUUUCCAGGGACGAUCAUUAUCUACAACAAUGACCUAAAUACCUACAAUUAUGUCCUCAAUGGUCACAAUUCAAUUCCUCUAGCCAGUACCGGCAGUGCAGCUCUAGCGAAUGAAUCGUUCGAUUUGAACGAUACUGUUUCAAUCAACGUAGAAACCAUCCCUUCGGAGCUGCCGCUUGGAUCACCGAGCACAUCAACAUCAAACGAAUCCGUCCAAAAUGGUCAUGAGGACACCUGCAGUGCCAUUAGCAGCAACAGCAGCGAACAGCUAGCUGAAUCUGUAGCGAACACAUCCGGAAGCAUUCACGAAGCAGACUGCGAGGCAGAUGAAAUGGAAGCCGAAGACGAUUCCGAACCGGAGCUCACUAACCUAUCCUGGUUGACAGAGUUGAAAAACAUUACCAAUCUGACGCCCUCGGAUAUUCCUUUGACGGAUCUUCCUACUGCGCGAUUUAAUAAGUUCAUCGCUCAAGUUCGAAGAAGCCGCGAAUCUUACGAUAAACGGAAAGAGCAAUACACUUCCAUCUCAAACUCGGAAGAAAAACCACCGUUCAACUAUGCCCAAAUUAUCGCUAUGGCUAUGCUGGACGAAGGCCGGAUGACUCUAAAGCAGAUUUGCAAGUGGAUUCAAGAGAAAUUCUCGUACUACAAAGUUCACAAAAAUUGGAAUAAUUCCAUACGACACAACUUAUCAUUAAGCUUCUACUUCACCAAAGUAUCUCGAGCCAAAGAUGAAAAAGGAAAGGGUGGUUAUUGGGAACUUUCAAUGGACGUGGCCAAAAGCGAGAGAAAGCGAGUACGAGUAAGACAACGUAAUCGAGGAAAAGGGUCGGUUCCCUCCAUUCGAAGCCGCAAUCGUCUGCGCAGAACAACCAGUAACAACAACAACAACAACGAGUUGACAGUUAACAAUAAUCUAAGCCUGGAUGAAGAUGAUUCGUCAUCGAAGAUCCCGGACGGAAACAACAACCAUUGCAAUCCACCAACAAGCCAUGUAAAUGCCAGUGCCGAAAUCUCGACCGUAGAUGAUACGAUUGCGCAAACCGUAAACUGUAUCAAUGCCGUCGAUACAAAUGUCGUGAGUUCUACGGAAAACCAGCCAUGUAAUCUAGAUGAAUCGCCAUCAAUCGAAAUUCUUGAGCAACAACUGAUCAAAACCAGUUCAUUGGUGGAAAACUGUAACAUCAAUUUUGACUCAAUUAUCAAUGCUGAAACCGGUAACAGCAUUUUUACAAAUCUGAAUGUUGACGAGAUCUUCUCAGGCAACGAAAUUCCGCAACCGGCAAACGACGAUAUCAUUGUACCGUUCUUCGGUACUAACGGUCAGCAGGCCGCUCAGAAUGGACCGAACGUGAUCGUCGAAACCAUCCCAUAUUUCCUGCCCGAUAUGGGCAACUUCGACGAGCAAGAUUUUGGCAAUUUGAUAAAUAUCAAUGAGCAGGAAAUAAGCGACGAGUUUCUUAACGAGCAUGGAUUUUUGUAG